CUAUAUGCUAUGGAACAACUUUGCACUAUCUUUGCCACCUGAAUUUCCUUCCAAAGAUGCCUUUCAGAAUUUAAAUUUUCUCGUCUGCCAUACAGUAUGCAAAAUAGGAGUAGCUCUUUCAAACGGAUUGAAGGGCAGGCUGGUUGAAUAGGCAAGGACUUGAAGUAGCAAACAACGGUCAUUAUGUGAAAGUAGACAGACACAGGCUCUUGCUUGGUCACCAUCACUGUGAAUGGUCAAGCGUUGCAGCUAUUAUAAAAUGUGCGUUUCUACCAUAUGCCCUACAAACUGGUUGAGACUGGCAACUUAUUUUCAACUCAGAGUAAGCGGCGGAUUAAAAUUAGGGUUCGAAGGGGCUCAAAGCUUUUCCAUCUGUAAAAGGAACAAUAGUGAUAAUAAUUUUGGGCAAUAUCAAUGGAAAAUUAGGUACCCAUCCUUUCGUACUUCAACAGUACAUGCUAUUAGUGCUGCAGAAAUGCCGUCAUUGCUGUCGUCCGUUGUUAGGUACCAAAUUAGGAAAUAUUCAGUGGUCCGCAAGGGUCGAAUACAGGAACCUAUUCAAAAGAUCACUAAAUCAAAGAAAGCCAGAAGGAAGGUUGAUGCGGCAGAUUCUAAUGAGGUUUUUUAUCGGAUGGAAUUUGAUGGUGCAUCAAAAGGAAAUCCUGGGAAAGCAGGAGCGGGAGCUGUGCUGCGAAACCAGGAUGGCUCUGUGAUAUGUGAAUUGAAAGAAGGUGUGGGUAGAGCAACAAAUAAUGUUGCUGAAUAUCGUGCAGUUAUACUUGGAUUAAAAGUGGCUCUCAGUAGAGGAAUUCAAAAAAUUCAUGUGCAGGGUGAUUCAAAUCUUGUUUGCAUGCAGAUCCAGGAUUUAUGGAAAAUCAAAAGUCAAAACAUUGCUGAACUAUUUGAGGAGGCAAAAGAGCUAAAGAGUAAAUUUAAGGAAUUCCGGAUUAACCAUAUUUAUAGGGAAUUUAAUGGCAAAGCUGAUGCUCUAGCAAAUGCUGCUAUUGAGCUUAAAAAUGGUGAAAUAAAGAAUGAUGUGGCCACUUACCGACUAGACAAUCCUCAUGAAAUGGCAUCUAGUUCACAAAGAAAAACAAGCAAGAAAUUGUUAGAGACAUCUUUACCUUUAGAAAAACCUCUUGAAAAGUUAUUGAAAUCAGGAAGAACAAUUAGCAGUGAUGAUCUACUAGAUACCAACAAGGAUUUAUUGGAUAUGGCUUCUUCUUCAGUUGAAUGUCUUACAAAGACAUCUAAGACAAGAAGAAUGAAAAGCAAGGUUGGCCUAACAGAUCCUAAUAAGGAUUCAGUGGAUACUGCUUCUCCUUCAGUUGAAUGUCUUACAAAGACAUCUAAGACAAGAAGAAUGAAAAGUAAGGUUGGCCUACCAGAUUUUAAUAAGGAUUCAUUGGAUACUGCUUCGCCUUCAGUUGAAUGUCUUACAAAGGCAUCUAAGACAAGAAGCAUGAAAAGCAAGGUUGGCCUAAAAGAUCUUAAUAAGGAGAUGAUUCAGGUUUCUUCUCUAUUAGAGGAACCUGUUGGAAAGUAUAGCAAAUCUAAAGAGACAAGAAGGAAGCUUAAAGUCACAGAUUCUAAUGAAGAACCUCUUGAAAAGCCAUCUACUUCAAGGAGAAGAAGAAAACUUCAAACAGAUCCUGAUGAGGAUCCACAUACAAACUCAUCAAAGAAACUUGUUGGAAAGGCCAUGGUAUCAAAGAAAUCGAGAGGGAAGCUUGAUAUGAUAAAUUCUAAUGAGGCUUGCAAAACUCGGCGAGCCAUUAAAAAACUCGCGAGUAAUCGCGAUCCAGAAUGGCGCGCGAGUUAA